GCUCCUCAUUACCGCACUGCUCCCUCUGCUGGACGCUCCUCAUUACCGCACUGCUCCCUCUGCUGGACGCUAGUACAACUGCAGAGAACGUGGUGAGUUGUCUGGAACGCUCCGUUGCCAUGGAGACGGCCCUGCGCAGCAUACACACCGCUAUAGACACUGUACACACAGGGCGGACGGCUGCAGCUGCUGUAUAUGAGAGACCCAUCGCGUCACAUCACCGGCUCCGUCCUCGCGGCUCACAAUGUCUUCCAUGACUUUAGAACGCUCCAUUGCCUCGCGAGAAAGCACGGUGACCGGAACGGGAUCCAGAGGUUCUCAUCCCUCUGCCCCAAGGUCCAUCCUAAGCUCGGCCAAGUCUUGGACAGAUGCCAAGUCUGUCGUGUCAGCACAUGAGGGCAAGAAGAAGAAAAAGAAUGACGCCAACCCGUUCAAGAUCCCACCUGAUGUGGACAUCUUCCAGAUUAGAGACCAAGAGAGAGAAAAAAAACAAAUGGAAAAGGAGCGGAACAAACAUCUGAAGGUUCACCAGAAGACGACGUACAACACAAGGAUGAACGCAGAGAUUGGCCGGCUGAGGAAGGAGAUUGAGGACGAGGAGAUGGAAGAGAUGGGAGCGGAGGUGGACAAGGCCCUGGAUCUGCAGGAGAACGCCUCCUGGAAACUGGCAGUGAUCAGAGACAGGAACGUCCAGCGGGAAAGUCUGAAUGACUACAUCAACAAGAAGAGAGAAAUGUUCCGCCUGGAGUACGGCCUCCAAGUGAAAAGAGAUGAGAUCCAGAAGCUGGAGACCAUGGCCGCCACGGAGGAGCAGAAGCUGGAGAAAGCGGAGCAGUUUCUGGAACAGGACGCCAUCAGAUUCGAUGAGUUCCUGAAAGAGAAUGACAGGAAUUCGGUGGAGGCCAUGAAACAGGCCGACAAGGAAACAAAGCUGAAACUGGAGAGAGCGGCAGAGAUCAAGGGGCUGACGGCGCAAAUGAUGAACAUCAAAAGUGACAUUGCAAAGUCGGAGGAGAUUCUGCGGGAAUACCUCAUGUACAAGGAGUUUCUCUUCAGAUUGUCUCCUAAGGAGUGGCAGGAGCAACGGCUGAAGAAGAAGGAGAACGAGAGCAAGAAACAGCGAGAGCCGCUUAUCAGCCGCGAGAAGGAGAAGAGCAGCUCCGGGUCUCACAAGGUGUCUGCAUCCCCGAUGCUGGGAAAGAAACCAGAGUCUCGUUCUUCCGGACCCCUGGCCAGCCGUGAUUCCUUCCGGGACAUCCGUCAGCCGUCCCGAUCCAGCUUGAAGACUGUGGCCUCUAAGAAAAUGAGCAGUACGAUAGUCCUAGAAGACGAUAACAGUUCCGAAAACCUGGUGUCCUCCGACAGUGAAGAGGAGCCGGAGCUGUACUUUACUGAUCCACAACAACUACUCAACAUCUUCUCUGAAAUGGAGGAACGGAACCUGUCGCUGAUCCAGAACUCACAGGAAACAGAACAGGCCUUAGAGGAGAUCAAGCACACCAUCACCAUGACGGAGAAGAAAAUGGAAAAUGAGACUCAACAGCUGAAAGCCCAGAUUGCUCACCUGCAGCAAGCGGUAGUUCAGGAGGACGAGCGAGCAGUAGAUCUCGAAAUGAAAUGCAGAGUAUUUGCCUUUGGCCAGUACAGUUUUGAAGAGCAGGAGAAGAUGUUGACAUCUCUCACCAAGAAAGUAGGUGAAGUGUACCAGGCCUGUAUAAAGGAAAACAGAGCCAAUCUCAACGCCCUGCAGAUGUUAACCAUGAUGGAGCAGCAGGUAGAGGAGCUCUUAGACAACAUUGAAACCAUCCCUAAAGAAAGGCUCGAGACUGCAGAAAAGGCAAAGGAGAAGGAGCGUCGGCUGAGAUUGAGAGAUGAGAAAAUUAAACAGCAAAAGCUGCACCAGGAGGAGAGGCUGCGCCGCGCUUUAGAAAGGGCACAAGCCGACCCCAAGAAAACCACCGGCAGAAAACUGAUGACACGCUCUGAUCCACCAGCAAUGAAACCCAAAAUUGAGAAAGACCAAGACGCUGACAAAGAGAAGGAAGAAGCCUUGUAUUUUUUCCGCUAGCGUUGGAGUCAUCCAGAUCUCCUGUAUUGUUUUAGUUUUCUGAAGUUGCGGGUUACAGUGCGGCCAUGCUUCCUCCCGCUCACUGGGACAGCCGCCUUUGUAAAGAGACAUGCUGGCGUCUUUCAUGUUACAGCUAUUACAAAUAAAGUGCCUUGUCCAGAAUGAUGUCAUAUUGCAGCUUUUAGUUAAUUAGCUUUGGGCAGACAAUUAUUAUCACCUUAAAAUAGUUUUUUCCAGGACUUAGAUAUUCAGGUUAGGGGUGCGACCACACUGUUCUGGACAGCUGCCAGCACUGGAAACUAUACAGUAAAUGGAACCAGAAGCACGUGGUUCUGUCCACUGUACACGAACCAAGCCACGGUAACUGCAGCUAAGAUCCCAUUCCAGCAAAUGCGGGUGGAGGGCUGGGUGUUGGACGCCCAUCGAUCUAUCUAUUCGGAGGAUAGGUCAUCAGUAUCUACUACAAAACCCAUUUGGCCAGACACACAAGAGAGUUCAAUGAUUUGUAAUGCUGAGUGACCCUCAGAGCCCUGAAAUCUAUCGUACUACAGUGACAGCAUUAUGUCAGUGUAAUUCAGUAGAUUCCAGGACUCUCAGGGUCACACAGUAUUAUAAAUUAUAAUGCUGUAUGAUCCUGCCAGGGGAGUGGAGGUCAGAAUGGGACCUCUUACUGACAUGUUGUGCGUUCAUCGCAUUGAACUCGCUCCUGUGUAUCUGGCUUUAGUGUAUUGUCACUGAAAUGCAGCAGAAAAUUUGCAACGUUCAUGCUAAAUAAAAAAAAAAUAAUGCACCCAAUGGUGUGUGGUUUGUUGCAGAAUGAUUUCAUUGCAUAAAUGCGGCUCAUUUGACGCAGAUUUCACUCUUUGCACUGGAGUGUAAUGGAUGAUGUAAAUACGCAGCAUAAAUCGACACAAUUAGCACCGCAGGGCAAUUUCUACUGUUCAUUUUUUUUACCAGCAAUGUGUGACUGAGAACUUCUAAAAAUGCAUUUAGUUUGUAGGUUCUGUACAACGCUGCAGGUCUGCCCCACAAAAACCCAUGAUGGCAAAACAGCAGCGUUUCAGUCACGUGUGGACUAAACCUUAAAGGGGUUUUGUCACUUCAGCAAGUGGCAUCUAUAAUGUGGCGAAAGUUAACAAUACAUUAGUAAAUGGCUUGUAUUAUUACCCAUAUUGCUUCCUUUGCUGGCUAGAUGAAUUUUUCCAUCAAAUUCUAAACUGCUUGUUUCCAUAAUCACAACCACCAUGCAAUCCAUCAGUGGUGCUCGUGCACUAUUGGGAAUAAAAAAGCUGGCCGCUGGAGGAUGAGACCAUGAGAGCUCACAUAGGCUAGUGCAUAUUAUUAUUUUUUUUUUAUAGCAUGCAAACACGGCCACCACCGCUGAUGAAUUGCAGGGUGAUCGUAACCAUGGAAACAAGCAGUGUGAUGGAAAAAUGAUUCCAGCCAGCAAAGGACGCAAUAUGAUCAACAAUACAUUAGGGAGUGGCUUGUAUUAACUUUCACUACAUAAUACAUUCUAUUUGCUGAAGUGACAAAACCCUUUUAAGGAAUAUGCCCACAUAGGACAGAAGAAGAAAAAAAAAUACUGUGGUUUCACAUGCUUCUUCCAGCAGAUUUACUCUAGAUUUCAUCCUAUGAACUACAAAGAGUGAAAUCCACAGAAAGAAUGAAACUAGUGCAGACUAAAAAUCUGGAAAGUUUCCAGUAUGUGAAUGAGAUUUGUUAAAAUCCCAUGCAGUAUGCUGGUGCUGUAUUCCACGGGGGAUUUAGUACCUGCAAAUCUGGAUGAAAAAUGUGAAACAUUUCCACUACGUGUCGAUGCAGCAUCAACAGACUUAGGCUACUCUUUAGUCGCCUGCAUAUUCAGCACCACAAUGCAGCUGGACAAGGGCUCAUUCACACGACCGUAGGUGUCCCGUUGCCGUACU